AUGCUGGAAACACCGAUAAUUCCUAGUGCGGACUACUCAAAGGUAUAUGAACCGGCAGAGGACUCUUAUCUGCUGCUAGACCUGUUUGAGCAGAUACGGUGUGAGCUGAGCUCAAAGAGAUAUGCCCAUUCUGUGCCUCUCGUGGUGGAAAUUGGCACUGGGUCUGGCGUUGUCACUGCUUUUCUCAACAAGAACAUCCUACCGAAAGCUCUUUACCUAGCUACUGAUGUUAAUCCGCAUAGCUGUGUGAUUGCUGCGAGGACAAACUCACACAAUGCAACCUCGUAUAACAUGGAUGUCAUACGAUGCGACUUAACCUCGCCAUUGCUUACAGAAAAAGUCGAUAUUCUUAUAUUCAACCCGCCCUAUGUUCCUGCGGAGAAAGUUCCCGAAAUACCGAAAGACGACAAGGAUCCCAGAUGGCUGGAUCUGGCCCUGGAUGGUGGUCCUACAGGUAUGGACAUCACCCAACGGGUUCUCGACUCUUUGCACACUAUUCUUGCGCUAAAAGGUGAGGCUUAUAUCCUCUUCUGCGCGCGAAAUCAGCCUGAUAAAGUUGUUGAGGAUUUUAAAAAGAAGUCUCCCGGGAAGUGGGAUGUGACAAUGGAAAUACGUAGAAAGGCUGGUUGGGAGAUGCUCAGCGUGUAUAAAUUUGUGAGACUAUGUGAAUGA